AUGGCACUGCUGCAGCACCUCCUCCACGUGACCAACUUCCGCAGCCCCUUCCUGCGGACGCUGGUCCCCAGCGUGUCGGCCGCCUUUGCCAUCCAGACCGCCUUCGCCAUCCCGUCGGUGCUCGCCCAGUCCGAGCGCUUCUACGAUGCCUCGGGCGCCCUGACCUUCCUCUCCGUGACCCUGCUCAGCCUCUACCUGCCGAGCCUGCGGACCCGGUCAGCGGCCGCGCUCAAGGGCACAGAUGUCAAGCUGCCGAGUCUGCUCUCGGCGUUCGCCAGAGGUGGCGGUGCCGCGUUCAACUGGCGCCAGGUUGCGCUGAGCGCUGCGGUCGCGUUCUGGUCUAUUCGUUUGGGCUCGUAUCUGUUCCAGCGCGUGCUGAAGGAGGGCAAGGACUCGCGCUUCGAUAAGAUCAAGGUCUCGCCGCCCAAGUUCUUCGUGGCCUGGAUGGCACAGGCCACAUGGGUCUCGUUGUGCAUGAUGCCCGUGAUCGCCGUGAACUCCAUCCCGGCUGCCGUGUUCUCUGCCGUACCCGGGGUCAAGAUCACCGACUUCUUGGGCAUUGCGCUGUACCUGGGCGGCUUCACGUUCGAAAUCAUCGCAGACCGGCAGAAGAGCCAGUGGAUGCAUGAGAAGCGGACGAAGCAGCACGACGAGGCGUUCCUGACCAAGGGCCUGUGGAGCAAGAGUCAAUAUCCGAACUACUUCGGCGAGUCGACCUUGUGGACAGGCAUUGCCACGACUGCAGCUGGACUCCUAGUCUCCCGCCCGGUGCAGGUCGGGCUUGGGGUCAGCGGUGGCCCUGGCGGCCAGCUUUUGGCUCUGGGGCUUUCAUACGUCAGCCCGGCGUUCGUGACGCUUUUGUUGACCAAGGUCUCGGGCAUACCCAUGAGUGAAGCGAAAUACGACAAGCGGUACGGUGAUCGCAAGGAUUAUCAGGAAUGGAAAAAGAACACCCCCAAAUUCUUCCCAAAGUUGUAA